UCUAGGCAACAUCUCACGGUAAUAUUCUGCCCCACAGUAUUGGUAAUCAUAAAAAUGUCAAAGAUAAUAGCUGUCAAUAUGCAUCAUAUUUAGAGAGAAAAUAGUAAAUACCAGGAAUUUUUUGUUGGAUUUAGACGAUAAAUGUGAAUUUAUUCAUACCCAUACAAAAUUGUACAAGAAAAAGGAAAAUAUUCGUUUAUGUGCAUCAACGAAAAACAGCACAUAAAACAUGUGACCAAAGGAAUAUUAUCAGUUAGAGAAUUCUGAUAAUAAUGGGCUAGAACAAAGUAAAUGGACCUUUGUUGAACUAGUUUGAAUUGUUCUUAAAUUUUGAAAAAGGUUACAUUUAAAAUGUAUUUGACGCCUUCAAAUAUUUUAUACACUCACCGUGACCCAGAAAUAUACAGCACAACAGAGAAAGCAUUUUAUGAAAUAUCAAAAUCCAUGCACAGUAGCACGGUAUUUCCAAAGCUCCAAGUUGUGAAGAAAGGCGGAUUUUACUUUACAUUAAAUGACGCAAAGCUUCAUGUAUAUAGACGUCUCGAGAAAUUAGGACGUUGUAGCAGCGUUGAGGUAGAAAAAGUUUCGCUAAAAGAAGUUCCAGAAGGAAUAAGAAAUCUCAUGACCGCUCCAGACAAUGUCCCUCGAUACAAAGUUCACAAAGCAAAAGACAAACGGCAAAGAGGAAAGUAUGAAAGUAUCACCACAUUCACCAGCACUAAUAUAAACACAGAUGAGUCAUUAGUAUUUACUAAAUGUUCAGAAGAUACGGACAAUGACGAGAAGAAAUCGGAUGUCUCUGACAAUUCAGAAACAGAGCAUGGUGCAUCAGGAUCAGACUGGACUGAUGAAGAUAUUAGCGAAACAGAUAUUGAAUCUUCAGAAGAGCAUACAGUUGACGAAGAUGAUGAGUCGAGUUCUAAUGAAAACGAACGAUUUAUCUGAGGACUUAAGUACAAAGUUAUUUAUAUCUUAAUGACUAAUUUAUCAUCUCAUCAGUGAUAUACACGAUAGAAAGGAAAAGUUUUUUGUGUGACGUGUGUAGUCUCAACCUGGAAUUAAUAGAACAACGUAGGAGUAUUUCCAGCCGAGCCCAUGGCGGGUGUCAUUUUUACCUCCUCAGCAUCCAGUUUGUGCCGAUACUGCUGGAAACAGUACCAGUUUAAGUGAAUCAUCCAGCACUGAACACACGUAGGGAUAUCAGCCAAACCCGGGAUUCGAACCCGGACUGCCAGCGUUGUAGUACAACAUGCCAACCACUGCGCCACUGAUUAUCUAAGAAUUGAAGAAUAACUGCAAUAAUCUCGUAUUACAUGAAUAUAUAGCUACGUAUGCAUUACUGAAAUUUUGGAAUUUGAAAUUAAUUGGGAAAAUGUAGAAGCGAUCUGAUUGAUGGUAGAAAUUUUGCGUACUUGUGUUGCGCUGAGAAAACACUACUAUUUUAUUCUUUCCCAAACACGUAUACAUAAUUUUCUUCAUAUUUUAUUAAUGUCAAUUGAUAAUUUCUGAAAUAAAGAAAAUACUAGACUAAGAACACAGGAGAAAGCCAGACAAUUCUGAGUUUUUAUGUUACUAGAAUAAAUUUGUGACAGACAUGUACUUCCCUUUUCUUACAAGAAAGUGUCAUAACGAAGAGGAGCCAGUAAAAGCAUACAGAAAUUUUACUCAUCGGUUUUAUUUAAUAUAUUUUCAGACAUCACGUUAUACAGUUAUGUCAUCGGGUAAGACAAAGUGUGCAUGCUAAUUCAUUGCGCAUAAGUCAUCCGCUCGCAUGUUAUGCUAUCAUAAUCUUAUAAGAUUAGACUGAUUUAUUUUCUACCGUGUAUUGCGUGCAAGGAAACAAUUCUUAGACUCCGAAAGCAAACGUCUCACUCGUAACAAAAUAUGCCCGAGUCUGUACUGUAUAAAGUAUUUAAAUCACAACAUCAGUAAUAAAUACAAGAUAUUCAAUGGCUACUUUUGUAUAGAUCUUGCAUAAGCUGGCACUUAUGACAUAGUCGUUUUCGUAUAAAGAUUUGCAAUCUAUAGCACAUAGAAUGUUUGCUUUCUCCAUUGACAAUGCAUUAUCAGUUAAACGAAAACGUUAUAGCAACGCAUUCGAUGUUUAACGUUAUAUGUAGUAUGCAGUAUUUGUUUUUACUCUUUUAUUGUUUUUAUCUAUUAUUUAAUUUUAUUGAUUUGAGUGAUACAUUGUAUGAAAUUAAACUUUUCAUGACA